GGCAGCAUGUGAGCCCCUGCCCCACAAGAGUCCCCCCUGAGGCCUUGAGGCUAUGAGGCCAUGAGGGACCUGUGCACCACCCAGGAUCAGGCCUACUGGCAGGAGCGCAUCCACAAGGAGGCCAUGGCCCGUGCCCACUGGAAGAUCCGCCAUGGCUGCAAGCACCCUGAGGAGAAGUGGGUGCCCAGGAAGCAGUUGCAGCGGGCUCCCCUCAGGCCAACUGGCUUUGCCAGCUCCCCUGACAGCAAGGAGGUAGAGCCAGAGACCAAAGGGAUCUGGGCCCAGCUGUCCAGGGGAGUGGGGCUCUGGGGUGUCCUAUCCCAGGACCACAGAGCUCAGGAGGCCCAUAAAGAAACUCAGGAGCCGGCAGGCCCAGCCACUGGGGAGGUCCUGGCCAUGAAGAAGGCGCACCCCAGCACCCUGCAGCUGCUCUUCCAAGGGGUCUCCCAUGAUGGCCAAGGCCGGGCUGCCUACCUGAGGGAGCGGUACCAGCAGAAACCCGAAGAGAAGUUUCCGGAACCAAUCCUGUCAUCCUGGGAACAUGGCUGGCGCUUGGGGGACGUCAUGAAGAAUGCCAGCAUGCCGACACAUGCCCGGGUCCAGCCUAUCGCCAAGACCUUCUACAUCAAGGGCAGCGUUUUUAACUUCCUGAGGCCCACAGACCAGCUCAUGUGAACUGGCUGCCCUGUCCUCUGCCUGCAUCUGUCUGGACCCUGCAGAGAAGGAUACUACGACCACCCUCCUCCUGUGAGCACAGAGUGGUAGGAGUGCUGCUGUCAGGGCCCAGAAUCACCCUGGAAGACCAGCUCUUCACCUGCUCUGCCUCCUGCCACCCCUGUGCAGCAGCACCACCCUCCUGGAUGACUCUGGAAAGCCUAGGCUCUCUAGCAGGCCUGGGGAGUUGGAGUCUGAGGAGGGAGCUCCCCAAGUUCUUAGGAGACCAUGGGGAGGGUCUGGCUUCCAGGCCUUUCUUGCUACACCUUCUGUCAAAAGACCCCAGAGCAGAGUUGCCCCAUCCUAAUGCACCCCAGUUUCAGGGGAGAGUCAUCUCCAUGUUUACUUAACUUCCCUCAUCUCCACGUAGUAACUUUGAGGGUCAGGGCCAACUCACUGCCAGAACAGUCCCCAAACCCCAGUGCUUUAACCAAUAAAGGAAUAUUUUU